AUGAAGACAGCAUCCAUUGGCGCAGCAGCUGCUGCCAUGCUCAUCACCAUGGCUGAGGCUCAAGCUUUCACACUCAAGAUUCGUUCUUCUUCGGAUGAUCUCAACAACGUCCCACUUAUUGCCUGGAAUGGUAUGCUCAUCGCACAACGCCCAGGAAACAGUACUACGGCAACUUGCCCUCCCUGGGACAGCAAUUGUCCCGGGAAAUCCACCACCAUUUUCUCAGGACCUACUCUCGACGAUGCUCCAACUCAGAUGUGGAUGGGCAUCCUCCAGGAGCACGGCCAGCGUGUCUACACACACGCACCUCCCAAGGGACUUUUCGAUGCCGAAGGCUAUGGCGACCUGAUUAGCUACACAGCAGCAGGCAAUAAUGAAAAAGCCAACGUUCCCUUGGUCGACGCAUAUGGCGAUCUCUGGAACAUUGUCCCCCUCGAAAAUGAUGGUCUCCUUGGCGCUAAGAGAGGCGAGCAUGUCCUCGCUUUCGGACCAAACAACUACACUGUCUUCGAUAUCUGCCAGGCGUACCGUAAUGCCUUGGGUGAAGGAACUUGGAUCUUCUCAAGGGUGUCGAAAUAUUGCGAACCUAUCCUCGUUGUCGCCGAGGAGACGGAUGUGGCCGCUCCCCAGUUUUACAACUGUGAUGGCUGCGAGUUAAGGGGAAAUUUUGCUAAGGAUGGCGUUGCUUGCUACCCUCCAUUCUGCGGCAGCAACAAUAGAUUCUUGUGGCUUUGA